UAGGCGCGUGUAUGUAGGUCUCCAGUUAUGAGUGACAACAGAAUCGAGAGGAUAAAAAGUCAUAUUCAAGUUACUCCGGACUUUCCAAAGCCUGGAAUUUAUUUCAAAGAUUCUUUACCAGUUUUACGAAAACCCGAUGUAUUUCAAGAUCUUAUAGAUCUCAUGGUAGAAAAGGUGAAGGAAAAAUCCCCCGAUGUCCAGAUCAUAGCAGGGUUAGAAUCCAGGGGGUUUCUUUUUGGACCCAUCAUUGCUCUUAGACUAAACUGCAGUUUUGUACCAGUUCGGAAGAAAGGGAAAUUACCGGGAGAGAUAGAGCGUGUGUCCUAUUCACUCGAAUAUGGAACGGACGUUUUUGAGAUCCAGAAAGAAGCGUUUCCACCUGGACACUCCGUUGUGAUUGUUGAUGAUCUCCUAGCAACGGGUGGUACAAUGAAUGCAGCAGUAACGUUGAUUGAAAAAGUCGGCGCCAAAGUACUUUCCGGCCUCGUAGUGAUAGAACUGGUGGACUUGAAAGGGAGAGAUAAAUUAUCUGUACCAUGUUCAUCUCUUAUUCUCCUCUAAUAAUCUGUUAAUUAUUCGGUUUAUUUUUUUAUGGUCAUCCUUAAAUACACUAUAAUCAUUAGACUAUAUAUUAAAUGUGCCAUACUCAUUCAUUUAUACCUCUUUAAACUCUUUAUUAAAUAGGGAUUUCAAUUUUUUGAGUACUCGACUUUACUGGCUAUCGACUAAAUAUCUUUUACUCGGUUACUGGUGUUAAAAAAUAGGCUAUUGAAUAACAAUUCUAAAUUCAAGUUAAUAAAUUGAGAAAAAAUUUU